AUGCUGCAGGCGGCAGGGUGGGACAGUAGUGAUGGUGACUCAGUUUGUGACACCGUUGACGUCACAGCAUUGACGGUCGUGCUGCAGGCGGCAGGGUGGGACAGUAGUGAUGGUGUCUCGGUAUGUGACACUGGUGACAUCACAGCAUUGACAGGCGUUCUGCAGGCAGCAGGGUGGGACAGUAGUGAUGGUGACUCAGUUUGUGACACCAGUGACAUCACAGCAUUGACAGGUGUGCUGCAAGCGGCAGGGUGGGACAGUAGUGAUGGUGUCUCGGUUUGCGACACCGAUGACGUCACAGCAUUGACAGGCGUGCUGCAGGUGGCAGGGUGGGACAGUAGUGAUGGUGUCUCGGUUUGCGACACCGGUGACGUCACAGCAGUGACAGGCGUGCUGCAGGCGGCAGGGUGGGACAGUAGUGAUGGUGUCUCGGUUUGCGACACCGGUGACGUCACAGCAUUGACAGGCGUGCUGCAGGUGGCAGGUUGGGACAGUAGUGAUGGUGACUCGGUUUGUGACCCCGGUGACGUCACAGCAUUGACAGGCGUGCUGCAGCCGGCAGGGUGGGACAGUGACAUCUUUCUGUCUGUCUGGGUUUAA